AUCCUUCUCUUGGCGCUCAAGGCGGGAUGGAGAGUUUUGACUUCGCCUACUGGGGACCACGUGACUCUGACCCUCCUCAUUUUCAAAAACUAACCUGCAAACUCCCUCCACUGUAGCAGCGGAGGUGCUGAGUGAUUCUGCGCCACAUGUGGAGAGGGUUACCAAGAGCGCAAAACGAUAUAUUUGCGCUCCGGAGACGCACGGGUGACCAGCUGCACCAUGGACGUUGUCUCCUGCUCCUCUCUGAUGUUCUGGUCAAGGAGGAUUUUGGGUUAUAGGAGCGCAUUCCGAGUCUCCGCUUUUCUGGCUUCUGUGGUGAUCUGCAGCUCCCUCCUAUGUCCCGCCGGUGCGUUUCUCUACAACAACCGCUACGCAGGCGAUCGAGUCCUCAGGAUUACUCCGAGUAAUGAGCAGGAGGUCCGAGCCCUGAAGGGAAUUCUGGGACUGAUGAAGGUGGACUUUUGGCAACCCAACAGUGCUUCUUUAAUUCACCAGAACCAAUCUGUGGAUGUUCAUGUGAAACACCACGACAUACGAGGAAUACACGAGCGCUUAACCGACCAGAAAAUCUCAUAUCAGGUUUUGAUCUCCAAUCUGCAGAAAGAAAUUGAAAAGCAGACGGGGCAUCGCUCCUCUCGCAAGCGGAGGGCAGAGUCCCAGUACGACUACGAGGUUUAUCACUCUCUGGAGGAGAUCCAGAACUGGAUGUUUGAGAUAAACAGAACACAACCUGACCUAGUUGGCAUGUUCUCGGUUGGAAAGUCGUACGAAGGGAGGCCUCUUUAUGUGCUUCAGCUAGGAAAGAGAAAUCAGAAGAAGGCGGUGUGGAUCGACUGUGGGGUCCAUGCCAGAGAGUGGAUAGGGCCAGCCUUCUGCCAGUGGUUUGUCAAAGAGGCCAUCAGCUCAUACCAGUAUGACUCUGUAAUGACUCGGCUCCUCAACCAGCUUAGCUUCUACAUCAUGCCUGUCUUCAAUGUGGAUGGAUAUCAAUACAGCUGGAACACGGAUCGAUUUUGGAGGAAGACACGGUCGAAAAUUCGCAAGUUCCACUGCAGAGGGGUGGAUGCUAACAGAAACUGGAAGGUGAAAUGGUGCGAUGAAGGUGCCUCCUCUCAUCCGUGUGACGACACGUACUGCGGCCCUUUCCCCGAGUCUGAACCUGAAGUCAAAGCUGUCGCCAAGUUCCUGCGCAAAAACAAGAAGCGCAUUAAAGCGUACAUAUCCAUCCACGCUUAUGCCCAAAUGCUUCUUUACCCGUACUCCUACAAGUACGCUAUGAUCCCUAACUUCAACUGUGUGGAGUCAGCAGCUAGCAGUGCAGUCAAAGCCUUAUAUUCUGCCUACGGAGUCCGGUACAGAUAUGGACCCGCCUCCACAACUCUUUAUGUGAGCUCUGGCAGCUCUAUCGACUGGGCUUACAAGAAUGGGAUCCCCUAUGCUUUUGCCUUUGAGCUGAGGGACACGGGGUAUUUCGGUUUCCUCCUGCCCGAGUCACUUAUCAAGCCCACGUGCACGGAGACCACCAGAGCAGUGAAAGCCAUCGCAUCAGGACUGCUAAAGAAGUGCAACCCAGACAAGGACAGAUUUCCAUAUAUAUGAAGCUGAUCGCCCAAUGACUUCAUAUUCCUCCCAGGUGGUAUCUGGAUCCAAAAAGGAAAGUCAAAACACAAAUUCAGUUGAUUUUUUUUUUCCUUUAGGUCUUUUUACAUAAAUGUACAUUUCUGAUGAGAAAUGAAAAAAAAAAAACAAAAGGCUGCCAUGUCAACACAGCACCUAUUCCCUAGUGAGACACUUCCGGUACUUCCAUUAAAUGCUUAUUUGGGUUUCCAUCCUCUAUUGCAGGGGUCUGCAACCUUUCACAGUAAAAGAGCCAUUUGAGUUAUUUAUAUUUUGUGGUCAUUAAGCCAUUCCUUUAUCAUAUAUAUUUUGUUAAUAUUUACAGUAUUGAAAUCUAAAAGUGUUAUAUUUUUAUUAUAUUACUUUUGACAACAGCCCAUAUGAGGUCCUUUCAAAAUAAAAUGCAUACUUUAUCAAAUAAGAUUAUUCUGCUGUAGUAGAUUUACUUACUUUAAGAACUUUGCUUCUGAUUGUGAGCUUAAACAUAUUUUAAUAAUAAACCACUCGGACAUUAGAUCAAAACUUUCAUUUUGCUCUUUUUUUGACUUGUACGUUUUGGAGGAACGGUAAAACUCUCAGUGCCUCUUGAUUUAGUGUAAUGUCAGCAAUUGUCAAUAAAAACCUCAGUUUAAAAAUCUAAAAAUAAAUGACAAAACUUAAGUGGACAAAUCUAUUAUUACUUCAGAUUUUUAGAUUUUUUUCUUCAAAAUCAAAGAGGCUCCGGAGCCUCAGGUUACAGACCCCUGCUCUAUUCUAUUGAUGUUCACACCACACUGUUAUGCAUCAUGUAUAUAUAUUUUUAUUAGAGUGUUUUAUUUUCUUCUUGUAAUGAACUCUUUUUGUCUAUACUCAGGUAUGGCUUUAGAAAUGUUUACUUUUGCUUAAACUGAAAAAGUAAUACUUGAAAUGUUUUUUUUUAUGGCUAGAUAUUUUAUUUUAUAGGGAUGUUUUCUAUAUAUUGGUUUUAAUUGUUGGGAUAUUUUCUAUGUCACACUUCUUUUUCACAAAUCCAUAGGAAUACUUUAAUAAAAUAAGAUAAAAUUGUAAAAUGUGGUGUUUGUGACCCCCUAUUUGUGCUAAACCAAUGUUUUGACUACAUGCUGGUGCCCAUGUUUGAUAGUAAACAUCGUUCUAGUCAAGUAGCAUUAACAGAUUUUUUUUUUUUUUUUUUUUAAUUUUGUACAUGUUUUAACUUAAUGAUUAUAGCUGCUGAAUCCUCACUUCUAUUCUCAUUUUUGAAACUAAAAGGUAGGGACAGGACAGCUUAAAGUGAAAGUGCUCUCACUGCUGCCAAAUCUGUUGUCAGGCUGCCAGGUUUUGUGUGUGCUUGGUUCUGGACUGCGCUGAAUGCUUGUUGAUGCUGCAGAAGGCGGUGGGUGUGGGAAGAAUAAAUAUGUAGGUAUGUACACUCACAGGCAAGGUGAAGCACAGAGCAAAACAUGACUAAAAAUUAGUCAAAAAGUGGGUUAUUUGAUUUAGGAAAAUCUGAAUAUUGAUUGUGUUUUAAAUGUUUCUUUAGAUUUAACUUUAAUAAAUCUGAUAGAUGAGAAUGUGGGGAGAAAUAGGAGGCUCAAAUACUUUUAAAUGAGUAAUGCAAAUGUUUAAAAAAAUGAAAUUAUUUAAAAAUAUUAAUUAAACCAUUCAAGCGUAUCCCUGUUCUGCUUAUUCUUGCAGACAAGCUGUUUGCUGACUUAACUGUAAUAAACUACAAAAAUUUUACAUCAAAGUAAAAAAAAAAAAAAAUUAUUGUAUUGUUUGUUAUUACACAUUUAACUUGAUAGUGUUUGAUAGGCUCCAGCAAUCCCAUGACCCCAAAAGGGAUUGAGUUGGUUUGAAAAAUAAAUGAAUGGUUGAAACCAACUUGUCUUGAUAAAUUCAGCUUUUGGUUAAAAAAAUAAUAAAAUAAGAAUUAAAGGGCCAAAUCUUCUCACUGAUAUUCUAACUGGAAGUGAAACAAUUUGAAAAUAAUAAUUUGUGAAAUUUUGGGAAACUGCAGUACUUAUAACAGCAAAACAUUUAUUUGCAGGUGUAAAACCUAAAAAUCAGGUGUGGAAAAACAUGAGAACCAGUAACAAUUACUCUAUUUCUGCAACACUAUUACAGAAUAAGACAAGCUUAGAUAUUUUUUAACGCAGAAACAAAUUAAAUGUUCUUUGUGAUGUGCAGGAGCUUAGAAAACUAAAAAGUAAUUUCCUUUGUC